UUACCAUUAAAUUAUUUUGAAUCGACAUUUAAUGAUUCAUUUUGGGUUAUUCGAUGUAUUCGUUAUCCAGCUGUAUCUCAAGAUGAAGUUCAAUCAACAGAAUAUGGCCAUGGUUGUGGUGAACAUUCUGAUUAUGGUUGGUUAACAUUUGUUAAUCAAGAUCUUGAUUCACAUAAUUGUCUUCAUGUUCGUACAAAUGAUACAUCAAAAGCAACAUAUGUAUCAGCUGAUCCAAUUGUUGUUGAAGAACAAAUUGCUUUAACAUGUAAUAUUGGUGAUAUAAUUGCAUUUAUUACUAAGAAUAAAUAUCGUUCAACACGUCAUUGUGUUGUUAAUCCUGUCAAACCAGCUCGAUCACGUAUUUCGACUCCAUUCUUUUUUGAACCGAAUCUUGAUGUUAAAUUGCGUAUUAAUGAAACAUCUCCCGAAUGCUAUUAUGGAGAAUAUUUAAUAAGUAAAGUUCGAAAUAAUUUCAAUUAUUAUAUUGAUGAAACAAAAUGA